AGCUGCACCUGUCCCGGGCCAUCACUCAGCCCCUACCCGGGAGAGACUGUUUCUACUGUGCACUGGAACAAAGGCUUUCCGAAACCCACUUCCCAAGGAGCUCCUGGGCAGCAGUUGGCAGGAUAUGGAGGACAGCUAUGAGACAUUUGAAGAGGAUUUAGGGACACAAAAAGCAGACUCACCUCCGCAGAGACCAAGUCGACCUAUCCGCAGACCAGAAAUGUAUGCCACAAGAAAACUCAAGGAGGACAUGGCUUCAGUACCUUUGCAAAUAAAAGCAGAGCCCAAUAAUUUAGGCAGAGAGAGCUUCAGUAGAUCAACAUCCAUGCCGCAAACUGUCUCCCAGAAUGCGAGUCAGCCGGAAGUCCCAUGGGAGAGUGUAACGUUAAACCGCUGUCUGUUCAUUGCAAUUACAAUCCUUGUGCUCACCUCAGGAUUUCAAAGACUUCAUGAAGCUUUGCAUGGCCACAAGGUGACACUUGAUGAAGAGGAAGAUCAAUAUGGGAUAAUUAUGAGAAGAUCUGGGGCACUGAGACAUCGGACAGAGCCCGAGGUAACCUUAUGGGAGGUAGUAUUUUCCUGGCUACCAGACCUUGAUGAUGAUGAUGAUGAUGAUGAUGAUGAUGAUGAUGAUGAUGACGAUGAGGAUGACGAUGAGGAUGAAGAAGUAAGAGUACUAAGGAAAAGAAAACCAAAAAGACGAAGAAUUGUAAAAAGUCUGAGAGGUCUUAGGAACCGACCAAUACCAGACAAAUUAUUAAAGCAAAGAGAUGGCCCCUCAAAAGUCAGACAGGCCAAGAAAUCUGUGGAACAAAAUGAGGAUUUGGGAGAAAUAGCAAACUACCAAGAUGACGAUGUUGAAAAUGUGGAGAGAGAAUCAAAGAAAGGCUCAAUACGGAAAAAAAAGCAUUGAUAAACACAAUGUAUAGUGUCAUAAUAUGCCAAUAUUGAAAAGCUAAAAAUAGAUGCCUUUGGUAGAAUACCAGUGAUCUGUUAUCAUUAAAAAAAAAAUACAAAUUUUGGAAAUGAGACAGAUUUCUAUUCAAGAAAAACUGGACUAUAAAUAAA